AUGUCAUCCCAAUAUUCUGCUGCUUUCUCUCGUGCCAUGUCCCCCUCCCUGGACGCACUCACCCAGGCCGUCGUCAACAACACCGUCUUCGGCGUCAACGAUGAAGCAGGCCGCCAAAACGCUCUCAUCGACGAGCUGGCCACUGUGGUCAUCAAGAAAAUAGCUGAGUGCCGCUCCGUUGAUCAAAUAAUAGACUGCGUCUUUUUUGACUAUCGCGCUGCCCUUAGGGAGUUUCUCCUCAACCUCGCAUCGUGGUGCGACAAGAGGGAAACAGUCAGGGCUAGCCUUGAGCGCCUUGAACUUGCCGCGAUUAACGACGGCGCCAUUCAGGCGAAAAAGGACGAACUGGCCUUUUGGGAGGAUAAAUGCGCACUCGCUUCUUGCUAUGAAGCUGCUGCGGUCAUCGUUAAGACAACUUACGAAGACCGCAAGUCCAGCUAUAAGCUCCCCGUUUUCUCUACAGACAACAAGGGAGUUCGUCGCAUAGCAGAGUGGGUAACGUCGCCGCAAAAGAAAGCCGAGUGCAGUGCGCUGCAAACUAUACUGCCGGCUAUCUUUUCUCAUAUCAAACAAAUUGUCAAAUUGCGCCACCGCGCUUUGGCAAUUAAGAUUGAGAAAAAGCGGUCGACCGCGGCUACAGCCGAUGUCGAGAUGGCCGACGCGACCAAACCAGGUCCGUCGAUUCAAUCCCUUAUUGAUAAGGGCUUGAAUGCACGUCUUAAGAAGCUCAACCUUGGAUAUACUUCGUCUGGCCAGAGUUCGUCCAAGGCUCCUCAACCUCAGGCCAAGAAAACUGGCCCUUCGAAACCCAAGUCGUCGUCGACGCCUUCGCAACGCAAGCCUCAAACCAAGGCUUCCAACAAGGUCGACAACAAGAAGAAAGGGAAGGGGAGAGCUCCCGUCAAGAACAACAAUCCAAAGGGAAAGGGAAAGGCAAGAGCCUAA